AAUGUGGAAGAUUUCUCGGUAUGCAAAGCGGUGAAAUCUCUGAUGGACAGUUAAGCGCCUCCUCAGAGAGAGAUUCCAAUCAUUCUGCCGCCCAGGGUAGACUUUACUUCGUGCAUCCUAACAAAGCGGAAUCUUGGGCAGCUGCAAGCAAUGAUACGGAUCAAUGGCUCCAAGCUGAUCUGGUUGUUCUGCACACAAAAGUGAUACGUGUGGCAACACAAGGUAGUAAUGGACACCAGAGGGAGUGGGUUACGAAGUACAAUCUGCAGUACGGCAACAAUACAGGAAGGUUCUACAAUUAUACAGUCCCAGGACAAAACAUUACGAAGGUUUUUCAUGGAAACACAGAUCAGAAUACCAUAGUUUAUCACGACCUUAACCCACCAAUCACUGCGCGUUACAUUCGCUUUAAACCAAUAGAGUGGCAGAACUGGAUAUCAAUGGGGGUUGAACUGUAUGGCUGUGUACAAGAAUUUACAGCUGUGUUUACAAACCUGGGUCAGAGUGGAUCUCAGGGUCCAGACUCAAUCGGUAGUCACUACACAGAUCAGGAUCAUAGCGGACAAGUUACGGUCUCCAACGGUACUCAACUCUGGACUGUGCCACGCACUGGCGAAUACAGAAUGGAAGCAAUAGGAGCCUCAGGGGGGUACGGUGAGGACAGUGACAUCAACAACGGAGGAAGAGGAGCAAGGAUGAUUGGAAAUUUUAAUUUGACCAAAGAUGAGAGUAUCUUUGUACUUGUUGGUCAAAAAGGGAGAAGAGGAAAUGCCAACCCAAAAACUGCCGGAGGUGGUGGAGGUACAUUUGUGGUGAAAAGAAACAACACGCCUUUGAUCAUUGCUGGAGGAGGAGGGGGAGUUAGAAACAUGUCAGAACAACAUCCAGGAUGUGAUGCGUCCAUUAAUACAACAGGGAAUGCAGGAUACAACUCGACGCUGGGGACAGGAGGAAGCAGUGGAAGUGGAGGAAAUACCACUGGUAAAAGAUCAGGCGGUGGUGGUGGUGGCUUCUUGAGUAAUGGACAAGACGAAACAACUCCUAGAGUUAAUGGAAAUAAAGGAAGUAUAGGAGUGAAAGUGUGGUCUAUUAUCAUUUGUGAAGGUGAAUCAAACCGAAUCUGUUGUGAAAACGAAAGAAAGAUCGACGUAGUCUAUGCGAAUUACGGAAGAAUGGACGGAGGCACAUGCCCACACAAAAGUAUUGAAACUAGAAACUGUAUUGCUGUGAAGUCUCUUUCCACCGUGCAGACAAAAUGCAACGGAAAAGUCAGCUGCGAGUUGAUUGCAAAAUCAUCAGAGUUUGGUGGCGAUCCAUGUCAAGGAACAUUUAAAUAUCUGGAAGGCAAAUUCAAUUGCGUGUUAAGAUUUACAGCUGUGUUCACAACCCUUGAUGCGAGUGGAUAUCAGGGUCCAGACUCAAUCGGUAGUCAUUACACAGAUCAGGACCACAACGAACAAGUUACAUUGUCCCGCGAUAUUCAACUGUGGACUGUGCCACACUCUGGUCAAUACAGAAUAGAAGCAACAGGAGCCUCAGGGGGGUACGGCGAGGACAGUAUCAUCAAGAACGGAGGAAGAGGGGCAAAGAUAAUUGAAAACUUUAUUUUUACCAAAGAUGAGAUCAUUCGCAUACUUGUGAAGGUGUAG